CUCUGAUUUGACAGAAGCGCCUGCAUUCAGGAAAGCAACAAGAAAAAAAAAGACAAAAAAAAAAAAAAAGUUAUGGAGUGAAGCUUAAUCGGAUCACGUCUGUCUCGUGCUGCUGCGUAGUUUAUAGCUGGGAAAAAAUCCUCUGAGCGCCUCUGGAGAAGCAGGGAAGAGCGAAGAGCGCGUAACGGAGAACCAAAACCAGGGCUUCAGUUGUGGUAACGACCAGAUAACCGCCCGGUUCAGAGGAGGGUCAGGUAUGUUUUUCCGUUUCCAAGGACUGCUUUGCUGAUGUCACCGCGGAGGAGGAGGAGGACAGGAGCGGAGGACAGGUGCGCACAGUAAAGUUGUCUCUCCGGUGGUCUUGGACCAAGAGUUCUCACUGCCCGGAGGAUUUCUCUGAUUCACCACUCUGGAAAGCAGUUUUUGAAGUUCCUCCGUGUUUGCCAGAACUCUCUCUGGACGUUGUUUCGGUCGAUUUAGCUGGAAUUACCUGAAGCGGAAACCAGCCAUUCUCCGCGCUUUUGGCACUGAUGGGCUCUGUGGUGCGCACAAACUGCGCCGGGUUCUGCUCUGAGAAUAUCGGGCCUUAAAGGCGUCAAGGAGGCUGCUAUUGUUGUCUUAAGUUCACACUGCUGUGAGCUGGGGUGUGGGAUCGAGACGCCGCAGCGUCAGAACCAGCACUUUCCGCUUCAAUGCGACACUGACGCAGCCGGUCUCGCAUCCCAGUCGCAGACAGGUGAUGCUCGGGUAAUUCAAUGGAAGCAUCGACCAUCAGCUGAGGGAGUUUGUUCUGCAAAAGACUUCAUUUCCCUGGAAUGGAAUACAACACAAGAAAGCGCCCUGAACUUCUCUAAUCUGCAAUGAUUUCUCCGUGUGUCAUCGUGUUUUAUGAUCACUAGCCGCUUUUGCGUUUGAGGACAAUCGUUCUUGGACUUCCCUCCAGGCUUACAAGAGCAACCAACAAUGUCCAAGACACUGAAGAAGAAGAAGCACUGGUCCACUAAAGUGCAGGAGUGCACCGUGUCGUGGGGGGGUUCCGGGGAGCUGGUCAGCGUGGCCGAGGUGCGAGGCGGCGCUGAGCUGGGAGAGUUCCCCUACCUCGGACACAUAGUUUCGGAGGCGUUGGUUUGUCACGCCGGGAGGUUCCCCAGCGGCGGGGACGUGCUGCUGGAGGUGAACGGGACUCCAGUGAGCGGACUCACUAACCGAGACACUCUGGCUGUCAUCCGCCACUUUCGGGAGCCCAUCCGCAUGAAGACUGUGAAACCAGGUAAGGUGUUGAAUACUGAUCUGCGUCACUACCUCAGCCUGCAGUUUCAGAAGGGCUCCCUGGACCACAAGCUCCAGCAGGUGAUCAGGGACAACCUGUACCUGCGCACCAUUCCCUGCACCACUCGGCAGCCCAGAGAGGGGGAAGUUCCUGGAGUGGACUACAAUUUCAUCAGUGUGGGGGAAUUUCGCGAGCUGGAAGAAAGUGGACUGUUGCUGGAGAGUGGCACCUAUGAUGGCAACUACUACGGCACCCCUAAACCCCCUGCAGAGCCCAGCCCUGUGCAGCCGGACUUGGUGGACCAGGUUCUGUUUGAUGAGGAAUUUGACACGGAGGUCCAGCGAAAACGCACAACUUCUGUCAGUAAGAUGGAUAGAAAGGACAGCGCUGCACCAGAAGAGGAAGAAGAAGAAGAGAGGCCUCCUAUGGUCAACGGUCUGGCCGAGCACAAGGACAAGGCGGAGUGGAGGAAAACUGUGCCCAGCUACAACCAGUCGGCUGGGGCUAUGGACUUGCGUGCGUGGAACCCUCAGGAUGAAAGUCAGGAGCCCCUGCCUAAAAACUGGGAGAUGGCCUACACAGAGACCGGCAUGGUCUAUUUCAUAGAUCACAACAGCAAGACCACUACCUGGCUGGACCCCCGCCUUGCCAAGAAGGCUAAGCCUCCUGAGAAAUGCGAGGAAGGAGAGUUGCCCUACGGCUGGGAGAAGAUUGAGGACCCCCAGUUUGGCACAUACUACGUAGACCACAUCAACCAGAAGACCCAGUUUGAGAAUCCAGUAAUGGAAGCUAAGAGGAAGUUGAGCGGUGACAUGCCCACCACAGUACUGCCGCCAGCAGCCACGCCCUCAGAGGAAUCAAGUAAGGGAGUGCGUGGCUUCACUCGAGAUCCAUCUCAACUGCAGGGCACCAUCCUGCAGACGGCUCUUAGAAAAAGCCCCCAGGGCUUUGGGUUCACCAUCAUUGGAGGAGACCGACCUGACGAGUUCCUUCAGGUCAAAAAUGUCCUUCCGGAUGGGCCCGCUGCCCAUGACAACAAGAUCGCCUCAGGUGACGUGAUCGUGGACAUCAAUGGCACAUGUGUGCUGGGGAAGACACACGCUGAUGUGGUGCAGAUGUUCCAGUCCAUCCCAAUCAAUCAGUAUGUCGACAUGGUCUUGUGCCGGGGCUACUCCCUGCCUGAGGACUCCAGCAAUAGUGAGGAGACCCCAGGAGUCCUCUGCACCUCCAAGGACACUUCCCCUUCCCCCUCAAGCUCCACGCCACAGGACCCCCACUACACAGUACCAGACGGAGGAACUCUCUCGAGGCAGACUGCUGCAGUACCACCCAUGACUAACGGAGGACGCCACCACCACCAUCCUCAUCCUCACCAGCACCACCACCACCUCCCUCCCGUCGCAAACCAAGAAGGCCCUGACCCCACUCUGCUGCAGCCGGAGCUGGUUAGCGUGCCCUUAGUGAAGGGCCCUGGAGGUUUUGGCUUCGCCAUCGCAGAUUGUCCCCUGGGACAAAAGGUGAAGAUGAUCCUGGAUGCCCAGUGGUGCCGUGGCUUGUUGAAGGGCGAUGUUAUCAAGGAGAUCAACAGACAGAAUGUCCAGACAUUGAGCCACUCUCAGGUGGUGGACAUCCUCAAAGACCUUCCCGUGGGCAGUGAGGUCAACGUGCUGGUGCUUAGAGGAGGACAGACAUCUCCUGUGAAAUCACUAAAACCAUGCACAGCUCCCAUGUCCCAAACCAUAACCCAGCCUCCCCCUCAGCAGCUGCCCCAUUCCUGCCCCCAGCCUGUCUCACAGCCGCAGAGACAGGAGAUGAUCAGCAGCACAGAGGCACUCGGUCAGGCCUGCGAGGUGCCGCCCAAUCCUCUGUCUUUCCCCGCCAACACGCUGCGAUCCUCUUCGCCCAAACCGGACGCAUCUGAGCUCUACCUCAAGUCCAAGGCCAUGUUGGACAGCAGGCCCCCUAAUACCAAGGACCUAGAUGUGUACAUCAAAAGGAACCAGGAGUCAGGCUUUGGCUUCAGGGUCCUCGGAGGAGAGGGUCCGGAUCAGCCGGUGUACAUUGGUGCAAUCGUGCCACUCGGUGCCGCUGAGAAGGACGGGCGCCUGCGGGCCGGGGAUGAGCUGCUGUGUAUAGACGGAGUGCCAGUCAAGGGCAAAUCCCACAAACAAGUGCUGGAGCUGAUGACCAAUGCUGCCCGAAACGGCCAAGUCAUGCUCACAGUCCGCAGGAAACUGGCAAUGUCAGAUGGUGAAGGGCAGGAGGAGAGCAGUCAGCAGCCCCAGCAGAUGGCGUCCGCCCUGGUCAACAGCUCUCCCAAGAUGCCUCGUGCGGAUUUGCCGAACACCGUCCAGCCCCUUCAGCCCUCUCGGCCAGAGUGCUUUGAUGUCACUCUGCAGCGCAAAGACAACGAGGGCUUUGGCUUUGUUAUCCUGACGUCAAAGACCAAGCCCCCGCCUGGAGUUAUACCUCACAAGAUUGGCCGUAUUAUUGAGGGCAGUCCGACCGACCGCAUGGGUCAGAUGAAGGUGGGAGACCGUAUCUCUGCUGUCAACGGCCGGUCCAUCAUGGAGCUGUCGCACAACGAUAUCGUCCAGCUCAUCAAGGAUGCCGGCAAUUCGGUCACCCUCACCGUUGUGCCAGAAGACGACAGCGCUCCUCCAUCUGGAGCAAAUUCAGCCAAGCAGAGCCCUUCGGCACAGCACAGAGCUAUGGGCCAACAGCCUCCCAGCUAUCCUGACAGGAAUGGUGACACUGAGAUGAAGAACUCUGUCCUGCCAAGAGACACGGGAACACUCAACAUGUCAGGAUCCAAGCAGGGCUGUUUUGUGGUGGAACUGGAGCGCAGCCAGCGGGGCUUCGGCUUCAGUCUGAGAGGAGGGAAAGAGUAUAACAUGGGCCUGUUUAUCCUGCGACUGGCUGAGGACGGACCCGCUCUUAAAGACGGCAGGAUACACGUUGGAGAUCAGAUAGUGGAGAUCAACGGCGAGGCCACCCAGGGCAUCACGCACACUCGGGCAAUUGAGCUGAUCCAAGCAGGAGGCAGUAAAGUUCAUCUACUGCUUCGACCUGGCCAGGGUUUGGUCCCUGAUCACAGUUCAAAGGACAAAGUAACAAUUUCAACCUCGAGCUUUCCCAGACUUUCUGCAUCUGACAGGCAGUCAUCUCCAGCCUCUCCAUCCUCAGCCUCCCUCUCUACCUCGGAACUGUCCCCAUCCUCACCCAAAAUGACCGUCCCCGAUGACUUCUACAGAGGGGAUACCAGGGAAUCUGGGUCCCCUGGUGCUGGCCACGAGCACAGCAAGCAGGCAACCAGAUCAAGAGGACAGCAGCUCUCUCACCACAACACUAAACGCACCACCAGUCCCAGCACCCAGACCCGAAAAACGAGCAGGAGUGACUCCAAGCCUGCUAGUCCCAUGAGAGCCACUGAAGGCCGGGCAGAUCGUGUAGAGCGCUCACCGAGCCCAAGAAAAACAGAGCGAGGCCACAGCAGAUCCCUGGAGGAUAUGAGCAAAGAGAAAAGAGCCCAGGGGCAGAGAGAUCACCGCUCCUCUAGUCCCAGGAAGAGCUCUAAGAGGGAACAUGACCCUGCUGUGCCUUUGCAGAACCUGGUGGAGCCCCAGAGCCCCAGGCGUCCAGCUGGCCAACAGCCCACCGUUGCCUAUGGAGAAGGGAAGGACAGGAGAUACAAGGAAGAGGAUGCAGCCUACUGGCAGGAGAGGGGCUCUGCACAGAGUGGAGACAAAAGCAUGGGGACCAGCGAACGCCACAAGAAGAGCAAAAGAGCUGAGCAAGAAGCAGUUGGACAAAAAUCCCACUCCCAAACGCACAGGGAGAGGACAGGAUUGGAUGCCGAUGAUGGCACCUUGAGCCGGAGGAGUGGAAGAGAGAGGGGGGAUAAAGAAUACCAGGAAAGCAAGUACCAUGGGCCACCCGAAGAAGUGAACAGAAAGGACCCCAGAGGUUCGAGCAGCAGUAUCCAGGACCCCAGCUGCAACGGGACCACCACCAGCAAGAAGGCUCCCAUCACCCCCGGACCAUGGAAAGUUCCCAGCUCUGCCAAGAUCCAGUCCCAGGUGGACGCAUCAUACGCGGAUGUCUGAUAUCCUCCCAGGACUCUCUGCGAGCCUCUGAAAGAUGGACGUUCAAACUGGAAAGAUUUUUAUUUUUUACAAGUCUCGGACAAAUCAGAUCACUGUGUAACCAGCAUAGCUUCCCAUUGCUUCUGAUUUCUUUUUUCACCCAGUUUGCCUCGGUCAGUUUACAUCAAGCUGCUGAUGUCUGAUCUGACACGCGUGCUUGGACCUACAUGAGUAUUUGUACUGUGGGUCGAUGAUGUGUGGACUUGUGAUUGAGUGUGAUUUGUGGAUGUGACACUGAAGUCUAUUUUGUGCCAAUCAGGGACUCCGGUUAUAAAGAAGCUGCUCCUUGUAGCACUCACUGUGAGACUGGUUAUGGGUAAUGAGAUGAAGUGCUUGCUCUCCCCGUCUCGAUGAAGGAUUCUUUUCUUCCUUUUUUUAUUGUCACUUUGAAGGUUUAGGACGUAUUUGUGCAAUCAGUCAGCUUUUCUCGCCGGGGAGAUUGUUUCACUGUGGCCAUCACAGACGGACAUACUACAAAAGUGAGGCUGGUUUUUUUGGGGUUUUUUUUGUUUUUGUUUUUUUUGAGUGCUCAACUUGGGUUAUGAACUUGAUGCGUGACUGUCUUCAUGUGCCCAAGAAGAAUCUGAGACACUCUUACUCCAUUAGCUUAUCCAAGGAGGACGGACUGCCCUGCGGCUUUAUAUGCAUCACUCAGCAGACCAGACACUUGUGGUUAUAGUUCUAAUGUCUGUCACACGUGUGUUCAUGAUGAAGCAUAAUGUAAUUUAUUAAAAUUAUAUGUAAACAAAACUGUUAGUACACAUAUCCAUUCUGAGUCAUUUCACUUUUGAUGUGAAUGAUAGAAAUAGAAUGUGUAGAUGAGGAUCACGAUCUGAAAACACUAAAGCUACAAAAAAUCUAUACAUUCUGUUUCUAGGAUUUCUUGGUCUGUAAACAGCCAUGCAAGCCUGAUUCAUAACGUUGUCUACUGUGAGCAGCUCUGUAUUUUAGGUCCUCUGGCUAUGUGUGUAUGUAUACAAGCAGACUGGUAGGCCUGUGUAUUUUAGAUAUCGCUGUAGCAUCGACUCUACUUAAUCCAAAACAUAUAACAAGUGUAUUACACAUAUAUUUACACAUAAUUUAGAUGAGUUGAAUUCACAGAGCUUGAUUGUAAGAAGUGAGACCUCUGCCUUCAACUUAUUACAACUUUAAGAGAUGCUUGUAUUUUUAUCAUCAGAAAUGUAGGCAAAAAAACAUAUAGUUUAUCCUCACUGUAACCUCCAGAUCUAUUUUGAAUAUUUUUUGUGAGUGAUUCUUAAUGUGAGAAAAAAAAAUAGUAUGUAAAUUCCUGCUAAAUUGUUAAUCAUUACCAAGGUCCUCGCUGUCACGUCUGCGUGAUAAAUAAAGCCAGACCCCCCCAAGAAUGCAGUUAUUUUUCCCGCCAAUGAGGGACAGUCAGUGCGGUAUGCUGCCCUCUGGUGGCUGCACACAGUGCAUGAUGUGAAAACGGCUUGACUGCUUCUCCGCGAGUCUUGUUUGAAAUGACCCUAACAGGGAUUUAAGUCCCAGCUGAAAGUAUAUACAUAUAUUUUUCUUAAUUUAUUUGGGACCGGUUUUGCUCUGCUCUGAAGACAGAAUUUAAUGUUGUUUCAGUGUUGCUACUGUGGAGUACAGAGACAUCUAGUGGCUCACAAACUGCUAUUCACAAACUAGUCAUUGCUUGAAACCCUCGUCAACAUGUUUAAGGAUGUACAGAAAUAACACAUGCAUCUAUCGGUCUGUGAGACCACCUACUAAUUUAUUGUUGACAUGAUGGGCUACUGUAUCAUUUACUGUCCAUGCCAUUACCAUGUCUGAUACUGUGGCCUUGCAUUGCUCCAACAUAUAAAAAAGUCUAUUAGUUUUGCCAUCAUGGUUGUUGUAAAUGUUUAUAAAUUGUACAGCACCUGUAUAAAUACAUGCAGAAAAAAAAUCCUCUGUAAAUCGUUUCAUUAUUUUUUUAAGGGAAAUGAGAGAAAAUGAUAUAAAAUGGGUGUAAAGAAAUAAUCUGGUCAUGGCAUUCUGUUCAUGCACUGAUAAAUAAAGGUUUACUGAAUAAACAU